UAUUCAUGCCGGGCAAGAUGGCGGCGAUACGGACGAGGUGUUAUUGCCAGUGGACAUGAGAAAGAAUUUUAUUCACACCGUUAAACCGAGUCGGACACGUUUCUACACUCGGCCGCGUCGUCUGCGUUCUCACCAAGUAACCCGCGUCGACGUCGUUUUUUUUAUUUCACGCCUUCCAACGUCUGGGUGCCACGAAAUGUUCACGUUGUAGCUCGCUCGCUAACCGACCAGCUGGCUAACCGAGAGCAGCGCCUAGCUAGCUAACCAUCCAUCACAGCCAAGCCGCCGUGAAGUGUAGAAUGGGAGAAAAGCUGGAGCUCAAGCUCAAAUCGCCGGUCGGAGCAGAACCCGCAGGCUACCCGUGGCCUUUACCAGUAUAUGAUAAACAUCAUGAUGCUGCUCAUGAAAUCAUCGAGACCAUACGGUGGGUGUGUGAGGAGAUCCCAGACCUCAAACUGGCAAUGGAAAAUUAUGUUCUCAUUGACUACGACACAAAAUGCUUCGAGAGUAUGCAGAGACUGUGCGACAAGUACAACAGGGCCAUCGACAGCAUUCAUCAGCUAUGGAAGGGGACAACCCAGCCCAUGAAGCUGAACAAGCGUCCAUCCAACGGACUGCUAAGACACAUCUUACAGCAGGUGUACAACCACUCAGUGACCGACCCGGAGAAGCUAAACAACUAUGAGCCUUUCUCCCCUGAGGUGUACGGAGAGACGUCUUUUGACCUGGUGGCUCAGAUCAUUGACGAGAUGGAAAUGAUGGAAGAUGACACCUUUGUUGACCUCGGCAGUGGAGUAGGACAGGUAGUGCUGCAGGUUGCAGCAGCAACUAACUGUAAACACUACUAUGGAGUGGAGAAAGCAGACAUUCCAGCCACCUAUGCAGAGUCCAUGGAUAAAGAAUUUAAAAAGUGGAUGAAAUGGUAUGGGAAAAAACAUGGAGAAUACACACUGGAGAGAGGGGAUUUUCUCUCUGAGGAAUGGAAAGAAAGAAUUGCCAACACAAGUAUUAUUUUUGUGAAUAACUUUGCCUUUGGUCCAGAGGUAGAUCACCAGCUGAAGGAGCGCUUUGCAAACAUGAAGGAAGGUGGAAAAAUAGUUUCCUCCAAACCUUUUGCACCUUUAAAUUUUAGAAUAAACAGUCGAAACUUGAGUGAUAUUGGCACAAUAAUGCGUGUGGUGGAGCUUUCUCCACUGAGGGGCUCUGUGUCCUGGACUGGAAAACCAGUUUCCUACUACUUGCACACCAUAGACCGCACCAUACUUGAAAACUAUUUUCAUACUCUCAAAAAUCCUAAACUCAGGGAGGAGCAAGAGGUUGCUCGGCGACGUCAGCAGAAAGACACGAAGGACAAUAAAAGCAAUAGUACCACGCCCACAAAACCGAAAGAACAAACCAAGCAACAGGACUCCUGCGGGGAGGAAGAGCGUCCUAGCCUGGUGACAGUGGUCAAGCCCCCCGCCAAACCCAGGAGAACCCGGCUCUUGUCCAAAGGUCGAAAGUUGAACAACAAGAAGCGCGGCCGACCCAAGAAAGCUGCCCCGGCUGCCGAGAAGAAAAACAAGAAGAAUCAGAGCGCGCUGGACUUGCUGCACGCCAAGACCCUUUCUGCGGCACCCCCCCAGGAUGCAUACCGGCCACCUCAGAGUCCCUUCUACCAGCUACCUCCCAAAGUCCAGCACUAUCCCUCUAGUCAACUGCUGCUGAGCCCGACUCCACCUGGUCUGCAACAGCUGCUAGAUAACAUCAAAGUUCAGUACAUCCAGUUUAUGGCCUACAUGAAGACUCCUCAGUACCGCACCAACCUGCAGCAGCUUUUAGAACAGGAGAAGCAAAAACACAGGGAUCUAUCGGGACAGGCAGAGCAACUCCACUCUGUCUGUCACUCUCACAAGGACAGAAUCAAAGGUCUCUUUCAGACUAAACUAGAUGAGCUGGGAGUGAAAGCCCUGACUGCGGAAGACCUGCUGCAGGCCCAGAAGGAGAUAUCGGCUCACAACCGUCAGCUGAAAGAGCAGACCAAACAGCUUGAGAGAGACAUGGCCUUACUGAGAGACCACAGCCUGCUACUGUUGAAAUCUCGAUGUGAGGAGCUGAAGCUGGAUUGGGGCUCUUUGUGUUUAGAGAGUCUGUUGAAGGAGAAGCAAGCACUGCGCAGACAAAUAUCUGAGAAACAGAGACACUGUCUGGAGCUGCAGAUCAGCAUUGUGGAGCUUGAGAAAAGUCAGCGGCAACAGGAGCUGCUCCAGCUCAAGUCGUACAGCCCCUGUGAUGGCUCCCCAUACAGGAAGAGCCUGGAAUCACGCUCUUCCACAGACUUGGACUCCUCAAAGCUCGGCCUGUCCUCCGGCCCAGCCCUCAAUGGUGUCAGCCCAGAGCUUUCAAUUAAUGGCACCAGCUCAUGUUUCGACCGCGCCAGCUCAAAGGGAGAGCUUCUUUCGCGCUACCUGCCCAUCUCUCCCGACCACGAGAUCGUACCCGCUGCCCCUGACGCUCGGCAGAGGCAGCAAAGCUCCUUUCACACUCUUCCUGACUACACACGCUUCUCCCCGGCCAAGAUUGCCUUGCGGCGGCACCUUAACCAGGACCCAACUGCCUCAAUAUACCUAAGAGGUCCAGGGCUGACCAUGCACAGGGAAUUUGUUGGUGUUAACUCACCACUUGGAGCCAAACAGAACUGCCUCUCUCCCAAUACAUUGGAUGCACAGAAGAGUUCAGACAGGGGUUGUAAAGAAAGGAGUCCAUCUGUUCAGGUUGAUAGCAGCAUCACAAGCCUUCCAAUUAGCAUCCCCCUGAGCACUGUCCACCCAAGUAAACUACCUGUCAGCAUUCCACUGGCCAGCGUGGUGCUACCCAGUCGAGUUGAGAGACUGAGAAGUACUCCCAGUCCCGUCUCUCAGUCAGGCCAGACUAAUGGAUAUUCAACCAGCUCAGGGCUGAUGAAUGGAGGUCCCCACCCUGAGGACCAUAAUGGUGCUUCUUCAUCCCCGCUUCCACACAGCAAUGCUUCUCUGACGGGACCCAUAGGUCGAGGAGGUCCCAUCCAAAGCCCCCCACUCAGUACUGGAGGGGUUCUCCAAUAUGCAGACGGACCACCAAGGAUUCUUCCAGAAGACGGACAAGACCGCCAGGGAGGUGAAUCUGACACUGAGCCCCAGGAUAGUGAACUGCGGAGGAGAAUCUUCUUCUCCUCGUCCUCCUCAUCCACGUCUUCCACUUCGUCAGGCAGUGGAGGCAGCAUGGCCGGAGGAUCACGCCUCCACCAUCACACUGGCAACUCAGCCAAGCAGGGAUACAAUAGUAACCAUGGAAACCACCAUCACCAGUCGCCUGGCACACAGUACACACAAAACCCCACACAUAUGCUGUCAUCACAUUCCUCUCACGGCCUCGGCUCUCAGGAGGGACGCAAGCGUGGGAGACGAAAACGCAGCUCUGCGGGGCCUGUGACGGCCAGCGGAUCCCCAAAGAGGAAGUCGUUCCCUGGUCUCAGCUCCAACAACCACUCCUCAGGAUCACCACUCAACAUUAACACCAUGGUCAACAACAUCAACCAGCCUCUGGAGAUCUCUGCCAUCUCCUCACCAGAACAAUCAAGCCGUAGCCCCAGUGGGCCUGACAUGGACCAGCCUCCCAUCUUGAAGAGAGAGCGGCCCUUGGAGCUCAAUGGCACAAGUCGUUACUCCUCACCCCCCAGCUCAGAUGACGAUGACUCAGGAUACCCCGCUGACAGCUCUAGUUCUCGAAUUGAAAGAAAAAUUGCUACUAUAUCCUUGGAGAGCAGGGAUGGACCAAGUAGAUUAGGGGAUAAUGAAAGAGGCAGAAAAUCUGGUAGCAGCAGUGGAAACAGCACAGGUAGUGAUGGCUCCUCUUCAUCCUCCUUGUCCUCUACCAGCAAAUGGAAAUCUACUUUUUCACCUAUAUCAGACCUAAAGCAACCCAACUCUGACCUUAGACAGGGGGGCUCCCCUUUCGGCAUGGGGGGGUCAAGCCGGGGGACAGACUCAGAUUCUGACCACAAACAACAACAUCAGCAAGUGAGAAAAGGGAGUGACGGAGAGUCGUCCAGCUACAUGACCCCCAAUCCCUUCCUCAGUCAGGAGGCAGGCAGCCGAAGUGGAGGCAGCGGAGCUCAAGGAGGUGGCAGCUCAGAACAGCGCCAGGCCAUCCAGAAGCAGAAGACCCCCCGUGACUGGGAUCUGAAGACGAGCAGCAGCAGCCCGGCCAGUCAGAACCUCUUCAUCUCUGCAGCUGCUACCAGUGGAGGGGGAAUUCUGAGUGGGAAGGUGGGCGGCAGCCCUGUAGCAGUUUCCUCAACCACGGGGUCGUCUGUGGGACAGUACCUGGGGUCUCAGUUCCCGCUUGGCGGGGCAUCAGUGUUACAAUCCUUGUUCGGGGCCCAGACAGGCGGGUCCACUGUUUCUGGGACCGCCCGGCUCGUCAAUGGACACUCUGCCAUGGGAAGCUUCUCCAGUGCAGGGCUGGCAGGGGGAGCGGCUGGAGGUAACUGAUGAAAACUACCUCAACAAAAAAUGAACUAUGCAAAUGUCCAGGUGCGGACCAAGGCACUCUCCUCACUCACUGGUGCUUCAAAAUAUCUGCACUACCCAGCAGCCUGCAAGACCGGCCUCUUUAGUGGGAUCUCUGAUACACAUUCUCACACACAAACACACACACUAACCAGCACCACCACUAUGGUUAGCUUGAGCAGAAUUCAUUGGUACUGUCAUGUAAAUGUGAGUGUUGUUCGCAGAUUAUGGUGAUUUGAGCUCAGUACUGGCUGCUGCCCAGCACUGACUGACCUGAAUGAUUCUGUUGUCUAACCUUAAAGCCCUCAACAUUAUGAUAGGUUGUCAUUUAUUUGUCCAAGUCACGACUAUAGCAACUAGUGUUCGGCUAAAGAAUCAGUUCUGAUUGAUUUUAUCAACCGAUAAAAGCACACAGUCCAACUUUCUAGAGCUGAAUCUCCUCUGGUGUCAUCCUCUGUCCAAAUUUCAAUUUGUGUGUGUGCACACAUUAAAACAAACACACACAGGCCAGUUCAAUGAACUCUGUUCACAUGUCAUGCAGCCUUUCCUCUCUGCAUGCAUGCUCUAUUGCUUGUUUUCUUCCUUCAGUAAAAUUCAGUGUUUGUUGAAGCAUAUUUGAUGAACUGAGGAACUUUAUAUUUCGGUCUAACUUCACACUGGAUAGUAAGAUAGUUACUCGUGUAGCAAAAACACUCUGGCUGGAUUAUUGACCCCCCAUAAACUCUGGUUAUGUGAAUGAUUUUCUCUAUUUUUUUCUUUAUUCACUUUAAGGUCGGCCAAACCAUUUAAUUCACAUUGUUAGUAAUGGAAACUGUUUCAGUGUUUUAUCUUCUAAUAUCAGAUAUUUAACAUAUCAAUGAAAGUUUCUCUGGUGACAACAAUCAGGUGCAUUUCACAUUCUCUAACGGACACAUGAAGAGUUUGAGGGAACAUCUGUGUGUAAAUUAACCUUUCACAGAAAAUGAUCUGACGUCAAACUCACUUUGAACAUUUGGUGAAUCAUUUCCAGGGGUGAUAAUAACACUGAGUCGGACUCAUUAGCACAGUAUAUUUUAAUGCUUUUUUAAAUAAGACCAAUGGAAUUUGAUUUAAUGAGAUGGUGCUCUGUGUUUUUUGUGUAUUGUCAGCCACACUUAUGGAAUCCCAGGUCAGGGGUGUGUGGCUGCAAGUAAAACUGAAUCCAGGUGUAAAAGAUAAAAUAGUAAAACCAUAGACAAUUGAACUUAUUGUAUUGUGAAUAUUUCCUCCUCUGGUCAGUUUGAUAAGUCACACUAAUCUGUGGAGCCACAGCAGGAAUUUUUUAACUUUUCUCAUCCUAAACUUAUUCAUAUUUAUCUCUGCUGUCGCAGGUUUAAGCAAAAUGUUGGUUUAUACAUUUCACAACACACAAAAGACAGAUACACACUCGCGCAAGCAAAUCCUCACACACUGGGAAACACAUAACCACAACGAACUACUGGACUCUUUUCACACCUUUUUGUUUGUUUUUUAUUGUGUAAUUUGUUAUUUUUGUAAACAAUGUUUGUACUGUGAACGUGAUUCAUGCUCCAACUGUAUAGUUGUGUAUAAUUUAGAUGAUUAUAUUUAUGCCAUCAGUCUUUUCUUUUGCCUUGGUAUUUGUUUUUCUCUUUAUUUUUUCUUUAAUCCUGAAUUGUGUCGACAGUGUAGAAUGCAAUAGUGUGUGUACUUGACUCAGUCUGAAAACCAUGGUGCUAAAUUUGGACUGUGCCUGAUUUUAUUUAUUUUCUAUUAAUGAAAACAUAAAAACAAUUCGAACACUUGGUGCUGUACACAGGGACGUUUAUAAAAGCCUUUUUUUUAGGCAUUUCCUUUUCUCCUAUUUAAUGUGCUUUUGUUUAAUAACGCCUUGUGUACAAGUGUAGACGCCAUCUUGAGAUGGAUACUGUGUAAACAGGGGCCUCUCUUCAUGUUACUCACACAGCUGUUUUAACAUGUGUCCGGCCAAUUUCUCAAUAGUAAGUCACAUAGCUGUAGGUUAACAAGACACACUGAUUUUGUACAUACGUUUUUUUUUUUUUUUUUAUCCCCUUGUAUGUCUCCAGCAUAAAACAGAAAGCUAUAUAAGAUAAGUCUCUAUAUACAGUCUAUGUGUAUAAAUGAGUAAAUAUAUAUAUAAGUGAAUAGGGGUAUUUUGGUGCUGGCAUUGCAACCCCUUAAAUAUAACCUGUUAAACAGGAGGCUUGAAGCCGGGGAAGAGCGAAGCUUUGCCAUCGCACGACCUUAAUGGAGGGCGUCUUAAAAACACACGCCACAGAACUAGAAACUCACAAACUGUGUAAUCAACACACAAAGGUGCUGUGACUGGAACAUAACUAGAUUCCAGCUCUAGAACUGUUAUCUUGAUUUUUACCAGAAGUUUUCAUGUCCGUUUCUUUUUAUUUCCUUUUUUAUAUAUAUAUAUAUAUAUACCAACCCAGAUUCUGCAGGAAAAAUGGUGCUUCUGUUUCCAGACAAUGAAAUCUUUACUGGUGCUUAAAGUGAAUGUCUUACUGACAAGGCCCUCCCAUAUAGUGUAAGCAUACUGUGAGACAUGCUGAUGUAAAGCACUUGUGUUAGCGUGUGUGUGAGCAGCAAAGCUUCUUUUUCUGAUAGUGGGAUACACUUACGCUCAUUGUGUGUGGUUUUAUGUUCCCACUUGAUGGUGCAUAUCUAAGGGAGCUUAGACUAAUAAUAAUCAAAGCUUUAUAGUAAACUCCUGUCCUGUGCACUCACUGCGUGAACACGAGCGUGUUUUCAGAGAGACGUUUUAGAACAUAACUAGAGACAAUAGAGUCCGUUUGUUACCAGCACUGAGAACUCCUUUGUAAUUAUUGUCUGACGCUAUGAUUUUUCUUAUUCUUGAUGUUUGAUACGAUUACAAUUACAUCUUCUGCUUCUAGCUGUGUCUUCAGAUUCCUGUCGGUUUUUUAAUACUACUUGUCAGAACAGACAGCACGGUGCUCUCCUUCACUUAAAACGAGGAAACUGCAGCUAUUCAUACGAAAACAUUGCUUGUCCCCUGUUGUGCUGCAGGGUUUCAUGGGUAACGAUAGUCAACACGAGCUCGCCUUGCGGCUUUCUGGAUAAUACAGUCUAACCUAGAGACGUUUCUCUCACGUCGAGUGGGGGGGGGUUGUGAUGUGUGUGACGGUGAGAAUAGUUCAUGGACACACUUAUUUUACACCGAUUUGAACCCGCCUCUUGUAUAAUCACUGAAAGGGGUGAGGUGCUGUGAUCAAAGUCCUUUGGUGCAUGAGCAUGAUUGGACCUUAAAGCCUCGAUGCAGUUCUCCAGCUUCAUCCCCGUCCUGGGACAUGAACGCACGAUAACCUGUGAGAGCCGAGGCUGUUUACUCUAAAUCCUGCCAAAGGUCUGAAACUCAGGAACUUCCCAGGAUGCUUUUAAUGAUUCAAAAGAUUUAAACUACAGCACGCCACAAGCUUAUUCACCAUCUCGUGGCGUGAUUAAGUCCCUCAGUACUCUUCCCCCAAACUCAGGACCAGGACAAGAUCCUCAUUAAGUGUAUGUGGGGGUAACAAUUUAGUCAGGUCUCCUCAGAUUUAUUCUCACUGUCACAGACGUGCAGCCUCUCCGGUGAAACGCAGCUUUAAUUGGCUUUACACGAGUCGUUCGGAUCUGGAGAAGCUGUGACACGGCCACAACUGUCAGCAUCUUCCUCAUCUCACAAAGCCUCUGUCUGAUAUGUGUCUCUAAAGAAGGAGGUUCACCGUCCUCUGUUGAGUUGAACCGAUGUUAAAAGAGCCGAGCGUGAACCGCAGUCUGUGCAUCGUGAUCUCUGAUUGGUGAAGCCAGGGCAGGUUUGAGGUGCAAUAACGGCAAACCUAUUUCCCAAAAGGCCCCGGGUUUUCAUGGAAAACUUGUUACUGUUCGAUGUCGGUGCUUUUAUCCUAAGAUGUUAUAAUGAAACAAAUGGAAUUAAUGGGUUUUUUUCUGCGUUUUAUGAUUAUUAAUAAAAAUGUUUCCUAUAAUAUUUGAAUUCA